AUGAACUGGGAAAAGCUGUUUUUAUACCACCCGACAGCUUUAUACCAGCUGGCUGUUUUUCCUUUCGUUGGUUUCUUUCAUUAUUUAUGGAUUUCUCAGUGUCUGUCUAUAAAUGCAAGGUACAUCUGUCUGCUGGCGAGCGGUUUCCUGCUGGCCUGCUCUGCAAUGGGGUGCUAUGCACUGCUGGUAUUUAUAUCUACCGUGGGUUCUGUUGCUGUAAUCCACUCAGCCGGCCCACAACAAGCCCACAAAUGGGUAUUUUUCUUUCAGAUGGCUUGGCAGACAGUUUGCCACAUGGGUCUGCACUAUAAAGAAUAUUUCCUGCACGAGGCUGCAGGCAUCAGAUUUUCUGUGGCUCUUUCGGUGCUCAUGAUGAUGACCCAGAAGGCGACCUCACUAGCUCUGGAUAUCCAGGAAAGAAAAGUGAGGGUCGAGUCUCCGAGCCUUGCAGAGGGGAGUCGGCUGAUGCAGUACCUGCUGCGAGCGUUGCCGUUUUCUAGCUAUCUGCUCUCCCCCCCAACUUUGCUGGGGGGCCCCCUGUGCUCUUUCCACAGGUUCCAGGCAUGGAUAAAGAAUCCCAGCGCUCCGCCUCCCAAGCGCUUCCUCUGGGCUGCCGCACAGAAAGGCUUCGGUGCUGUGAUUCUGGCCCUCUUGAAAAACCUGGUGAGAGGAUACGCUUGCCCACCGGACAACCUACUCAGCUGCAGGGGCCUCGGCUGCAUCCCUGCGCUAUGGACUUCUGCCCUGUUCUUCAGGCUGGCCUAUUACUCUCACUGGAUGCUCGAUGAGUCCAUCUUUAUUGCUUCUGGCUUGGGGCUGGAACUUGGUUGUGACCGAUACGCAGGGAGUGCCGGUGGUGUUCUCCUAGACACAGACAUCUGGACCCUGGAAACAACCAACAGGAUUGCCGUCUUUACCCGAUCGUGGAACAAGAGCACCGCUCAGUGGCUCAAAAGGCUUGUAUUCCAGAGGACCCCGUCUCGUCCCCUGCUGGCUACCUUUGCCUUUUCAGCCUGGUGGCACGGCCUACAUCCAGGACAGAUCUUUGGGUUUCUGUGCUGGGCUGUGAUGGUGGAAGCUGAUUACCGCAUUCGUUACUUUUCCCGGUCUUUUGCACCCUCGCAGCCUUGGAGGCUGUUGUAUCAAAUCCUGACGUGGUGUCAGACACAGCUGAUUGUGGCCUACGUUAUGCUGGCGAUUGAAAUGCGGAGCCUGUCCCUGCUUUGGCAGCUGUGGUUUUCUUACAACAGCUUCUUCCCACUGCUCUAUGCCAUUUCACUCCCACUGUUAGCAAAGAGAAGUACGAGCAGCCCUGUGGACCCUCGAGUGUCCCGUCAUUAA